CGGUUUCCGGUUUUCUCCUCCCCCGGACACCACUUUCCAUAUAUAGCAGCCGCACUCGGUACGGCCCCAAAAAAGACUCGAAACGACGAUCGCGUGUUGUCUCCAUUGACGACGCUCAUCUCCAAAAUUCGCGGUGAGGUGUGAGGGAAGAAUGGGGAGGGGGAAGAUCGUGAUUCGUAGGAUCGACAACUCGACGAGCAGGCAGGUGACCUUCUCGAAGAGGCGGAGCGGCCUGCUGAAAAAGGCAAAGGAGCUCGCGAUCCUCUGCGACGCUGAAGUCGGAGUCAUCAUCUUCUCCAGCACCGGCAAGCUCUACGACUUUGCCAGCUCCAGUAUGAACUCGGUAAUCGAGAGAUACAACAAAGCGAAGGAGGAUCAUCUUCAAAUGAUAAACCCAAUGAAUGAAGUGAAGUUUUGGCGAAGGGAGGCAGCUAUGUUACGGCAACAGCUUCAGAAUCUGCAAGAGAAUCAUAGGCAAAUGAUGGGAGAAGAACUUUCUGGCUUGAGCGUCAAAGAUCUGCAAAGAUUGGAGAACCAAUUGGAAAUAAGUAUCCGUGGAGUCCGUGUGAAAAAGGACCAACUUUUACUGGAAGAAAUAAAAGAGCUGGACAGAAAGAGAAGCCUUCUUCACCAGGAAAACUCCGAGUUGAACAAGAAGGUAAACAUAUUUCGACAGGAAAACAUGGAAUUGUACAAAAAGGCAACUUCAAUGGAGAAGUUUCAAAUCCAAUUCAGCGGAUCAAGUGAAGCGAAUGGAGCAAAUAGAAAUCUUCUCAUCAAAGAUCUGGCCGUCGUUGAUGACCCCCAUGCCCCCAUCCACCUCCAGCUCAGCCAACCACAUCAGCAGAGUUGUGACAACCCAGCUAGAGCUACCGAUUUGGGACUACAACUGCACUAGCCGGUACAACAUACUCAUUGCAGAUGGCUGGGACCUGCUUUCAGUCAAGUUGCCCAUGCAGUUAAGCUUUUAUGACUGGUGAUGUUGUAUGUGAGCCACGUAUCUUUCAAGAUCAUGCUUAAGUUUGAAUUGACUGUUUUAGGUUUGUUCAUAGUAGUCCCUUCAAGCCAUGUGACUAUGACAUUGUCCAUGACUCCAUGGCAGGAAGUCACCCGAAAAAGAGAGGGAAGGGGGGAAGAGAGAGAGAGAAAAAAAAAAGAAAAAAAAGAACCUUGUGUUACUAAAGAUGCUGUUUGCAACCACUUAUCUGAACUAUAUUGGAAACAGUCAUCACUUAGUCUAAGAUGACACUGUAAAGCAAUAAUUCACCACCGAGAAAUUGCAUCUGAGACUUUCAGCUGUAA